GCGGAGCCUGGGAGAAGGAGGGAGCUUGGACCUCAGGGCUCGGCCCCGCCUCGGCAGCCUCCGAUUGGGCGUGGAUGAGGACGUCCCCUCCCACCGCCUUCCGAUUGGAGCGCGCGUGCAAGCAACGCACCCCAUUGGGCCGUACGGAUUUGGGCACCAAAUUCAAAGAUUUUAAAAUACCAGCUGGCGCCUUUUAGGAGCUAAGCCCUGUGAGGCGGCCGGCCGGGUCCUCUGCUGUGUAGUUGUCUCCGCACCUGAGGCCGACCCCACUUCCACUGGCAUGAGCCAGCGCCCCUGCCGCUGCUCCCCACGGCUCCCCUCCGGUUCCUGCCGCUGCAGCUACAGCGCCCUGACAGCCGCCGGGCGCCCUCGCCCCUCCGACAGUUGUAAAGAAGAAAAUUCCACUCUUUCUGUCAAAAUGAAAUGUGAUUUUAACUAUGACCAUAUUCAUUCUGGACUUAAAUUGUUAAAGCCUGAUGACAGUGGAAGACUAAGUUCCUAUACUCCUGCAUAUUUGGAAGGUUCUUAUAAAGACUGCAUUAAAGACUAUGUAAGGUUAUCAGAAAUUGGGUCACCAAUUGUGAGCCCCAGGAUUGUAGAACUUGAAACUGAAAAUGAAAACAAGCCCUUUUAUAACAAGGAAAAUCAACAUGUACAACAAAUCCUUAAUAGUUCAAAUGAGAUAGAAGAACUAGAGACCAGUGGACCUUAUGAAGACAGUGGCUAUUCUUCAUUUUCCAAGCAAAGUGGCUUCAGUGAACAUGAAGAGAGUAGCCUUCUGUUGGAAAAUUUCAGUGACAGUCCACAGUCUUGCUUACAGAUGCAAAGCCCAGACCAAUAUCCCAGCAAGAACUUGCUGCCAGCUUUUCAUCUUGCAAAAAUGGUUUGUUCAACAUUAAAAAAGAAUGCCAAACGGAAUCCUAAAAUAGACUGGGAGAAACUAAAGGAAUUUAUAUCUAGUGAAAAAUUCAAACUACCAAAUUUAAUUGGCAGGAAAAUGGGCUUGGAAUGUGUAGAUAUUCUCAGUGAACUCUUUCGAAGAGGACUCCGACAUCUCUUAGCAAAUAUUUUAACACAGCUCAAUGAUAUGGACUUAAUCAAUGUGUCUAGAGUGAGCACAACUUGGAAGAAGAUUCUAGAAGAUGAUAAGAGGGCAUUGCAGUUGUACAAUAAAGCAAUACAAAGAGUUACUGAAAAGAGCAUUAAGUUUUCACCACAUGCUUCAACAAGAGAAUAUGUUAUGUUCAGAACCGCAUUAGCUUCUGUUCAAAAAUCAGCAGCCCAGACUUACCCUAAAAAAGGUGCUCAAACCAAGUUAUCCAAUCCAGGUGAUCAGAAAGAUUCUUACAGUCGACAUAAUGAAUUCUCUGAGGUUGCCAAGACUUUGAAAGAGAAUGAAAGCCUUAAAGCCUGUAUUCGCUGUAACUCACCAGCAAAAUAUGAUUGCUAUUUACAGCGGGCGAUCUGUAAACGAGAAGGCUGUGGGUUUGAUUAUUGUACAAGGUGCCUAUGUAAUUAUCAUGCCACCAAAGAAUGUUCAAAUGGCAAACCCCUAAAAACCAAUUAUAAAACCGGUCCUCUGCCUGGUACUAAGAAAAGCAAGAAGAAUUUACGACGAUUGUGAUGUCUUGUUAAUAAAUCAAUUGUACCUGAUCAUGAAGGUUAGUUAGGAAAUGUUAGGUUUUAAUUUAAAAAUGUAUUGUGAUUUCCAGUUUUGUGUUGAAAUCAAUGUAGUACAGAAUUUAUGCCCUGGUGAGUAAAGAGAAUAUAUAGCCUCUUAAAGUAUUUUACAAUUUAAUGUGAAAAAGUUAAAAAUUCUCAGCAUGAAUCAGAAAAUUUAAAUUUUAAGAAAAAAGGAAAACUAAUUCGUUAUCUGAUAUUUGUGAUACAGGGAUAAAUUAAAUUGAUUUAAUUUUUAUGGUAAAGGAAGGCCAUGUAAUUUUACCUAGAUAGUCUUAAAUAUAUCUUGUUUAACACCUAAUUAGCCUUUGAGACAUUUUAUUCUCCUUACCAAAUUAGUAUUUAUCAAAAUAACUUCUGGAGCCUAUUUAAAUGUUUUGUCAUCUCUCUUUAACCUCUUUUUCAGUGUGUCUCUAUUUCCCAAAAUGUACCCCUUGUGAAAUCUUGUUUUUUUUUUUUUUCUUUUUGUAAUGUCUAUAUUUUAAUAUUUUUGUACAUAUGUAAAAAUUGUAUUUUUUAUGUCAAAGUAAGAAAAUAAAGAUCACUUGAAUAUA